AUGGGGAGACAUGCAGCGUCCCCUGGACAGCCUGGGGGUCCCACAGGAGUUCAGCACACCACCGUUGUGAACAUCCCAGCUGAGCUGCCCAACAACCACAUCAUCUGGUCUCUCAUCUCCUUUGUGUAUGGAAAUCUGCUCUGCCUGGGACUGGCGGCCCUCAUCUUCUCCAUAAAGGCCAGAGACAGGAAGAUGGUUGGAGAUCAAGAUGGAGCCAGACGUCACGCCUACACCGCUCACGUUCUCAAUGUCUUUGUGACAUCUUUAGCCAUCUUACUCUCCAUUGCUGCGCUCAUUGUUGUGAUUGUAAACUUUCCAAUAUUUUACAGAUAUCACUAAGUAACUUUUGUGUGGUAUGAGGGGUUUUAACCCUUGUGUGUGCGAAGACUGAGGCUAACGUAGAGGACUGUGGCAAAUGAUACA